AUGGUACUCUCUUUGCAGCCGCUCCUUGACAUUGGAGAUGACAAAAUUCUCUCUGACGACAAGAUCCAAGCCCUUCUCCUUGAGGCAGAACAGCGGCUUUUGCAGAAGUCUGCAGAAACAAAUAAGGGUGAUAAUGCCGAUAGUGGCCAUUUAUCCCUAGUAGAGACGCCAAAGACUGAAACGCGAGUAUACAUUCCAAAGUUGCGCAUGGACCAAACCGUGAAGCCCUAUGUACAAGAAGUGGAAGGUGUUGCCUCAUUAGAUGAAUCUCGGGUCAUUCCAGAUCAGCUGAAAAAGCUGUCAGACACAAUCCGAUCCGUUGAGCAACCUGGUCAAUUAGCUAAGGCCAAAGACAAGCCCACCUCUGGGCCGGAUUGGUUUGACCUUCCCAAGACUGUUAUUACCCCUGAGCUGAAGAGGGAUCUACAAAUUCUUCGAAUGAGAAGCGUGCUAGACCCAAAACGUCACUAUAAGAAGGAAAACGGUAAAGCAAAGCUGCCAGAGUAUUCCCAAGUUGGAACCAUUAUUGAGGGUGCUACCGAAUUCUUUAGCUCUCGUAUUGCGAAGAGGGAUCGCAAGAAGACUUUCGUUGAAGAAGCCAUGGUCAUUGAAGAAGAAAGCGGCCGUUUCAAACGCAAAUAUAAUGAAAUCCAGGACGCGAAGACUAGCGGCAAGAAAGCCUUCUACAAAGGAUUACAAGCUAAGAGAAAACGAAGCCAAAAGAAACGCUGA